AUGGAGAUUGGCAGUGGGUGCGAGCUGAAUGUGUUUCAUGAAGCGCUAGCCGAAGAAAAUCGCCAAGAGCUAUGUGGACAGUGUCUGCGGGUAAUCGAGAACUGCGUCGGCAAGCCUACCAGACCUUACAAUGCCACCUCUGGCCAAAUGCUGCAGUACGUACGCGAAGUUUUCGGCGACGUAUUUGAUACGGCGACUAACUUGGCGCGCGAAUCCCGUGGGGACUCCGUCCGCUUCCAAAUCCUGGUGCGCAUUGUUCAGGCUGAGGGUAUCUUCGGCAUUGGACGCACGGACACGUACUGCAAGGUUUGGGUGGACGAACGCACAAAACUCGUGUCGGCGACGCAGAAACGCACCUGCACGCCGCGCUGGGACGAAGAGUUCUUGCUGGAUGUCCAGGAACCUGCCACCAGUCAGCUUGUUAUAGAGGUUUGGAAGAAGGACCCGAAUAGCAUCCGCGAGGCUUUCUCCCGUUUGUUCCACUCGGAUUCCGUACGAAGCUUCUUUGAUUCCAUACACGACCUAUUUGCCAGUUGCUUCCGCCCGCGAAACGAUGAAUUCGUCGGCAGACUUUGUAGGUUAUCGCGCGAGGUCCCUUGUGUCGGGAACGAAGAGUGGCAUACCAUGAAGAACGAAGCCGGUCAGGAUUCGCUCACACGUAUACAGGUGGCUAUCCAUUUUCGUUCCAUACCUCCGGCUCAUUUCAACGUGCUGAAUAGCAUUAAAGGUCACUUUGCUCUCAGUUACCUGUUCCUGCAUCAUCGCGUCUCUCGAUGCGCGAGAGAUGCGCUUCAGUGGAAUAAAUGGGAAGACUGCAUCGAUCGCGAAGGUCUCACGUUGCUGCACCAGCAUUCAAUCUACAACAAUCUUCAAGAAGUUGAGAAGUGUUACUGCUAUCUUCUGGCGGUCGCGGAGUUCCGCAUCAAGAACUACGCCCGCAUCAACUACGCUGUCGCUUACCUCCUCUUCAAGGAACUUCAGCUCGAACUCCAGCAAGCCAGGCACCAGUUCAUCAGCGAUUCGGUAGCCCGCCUUAUACCGGCAUUCGCAUUUCACAUCAGCGUGCUGCUGGCAGAUUUUCGACAAGCUUUCCAGCUGCAUGAUCAGAGGCACAACCUCGACCUUUCGGGAGUGCUAUCUAUUUGCACGGUUAUGGAAACCAUUCACCCGAUGCACAUCAUCGACUCUGCUUGCAACGCCUUGCGCAAGAACGAGGAAGAAUGGUACAGGAGCCUCGCUCAAGAAUGUAGCGGUAUGAAUGACCUUUCAACAGUGACGUUUGUGCUGGAGCGCAUCGGUUCGCAGCAAGAGAAAGCCAACAUGAUCUUUCAACAAACCUGGAAAGAAACCCACACGAGCAUCACAGUUGACCAGUUAGAUGUCUUCUUUGAACAAGAAGUGCGGUCUCGUGUGGUGCGCUUGUGCACAGCUAUUCACAAGUCCGCCCGCGAGAACGACGAAUUAGUCGAGGCGUCCCUGCAGAUGUUCACAGUUAUUCAAGCAUUUGUGCGCAAGACCUUGCCGUUCAUAUCGUCUUCAAGAACGAAUCUUCGCAUCCUAAGAUAUCGCGAGUGGUUCGGCGCGAAAGUGAUGGUUGAGUGGUUUACGAUUGCUUCAAAAUGCAACAAGCUGGUCAAGGUGUUUGUUGAGCGUGACCCCCUUCUGCCCAUGAACCCAAAUGUCAAAUACGGUUCUUCAUACAAGGAGACCGUAGGGGCAAUUCACGAGCGUUUUAUCAAACUCUGGAAACUCAUCAACUGGUCAAACUUCUCCUGUGCUCUCGCAUUUAUUGACAGCAUCAAGAAAUGGGUAUCCCUGUAUGCCAUCAAAAUAGAAGAGCGGGUCAAUACCGGCUUUGCCGACGAGUCCGGCGACUGCGUAGUAUCUGCGAGACUCUGCGUUGCAAUCAACAAUCUCACAGCCAUGAUGUACUACCUGCAGGCCAUUCGCUCCAACAUCCUGGACAGUCUCGUUGGAACGCCCCAGGGCCUAGAACAGUUCAUCGAGUUAGACCUCAAGCUCCAGAGGGCAACCACGUGCCUGGCGUCAUCUGAAGCCAGGGUUUCCAACAUUGUUGUCCAAAAGAUCCAGCCCGAAAUAGAGAGGCACAUGAGCAGCGUUUUGCAAUGUGAAAACACGGUCGAGCAAGAGAUCAGAGUCAACUUACUUCAGAAACACACAAUGGCGUGCGUUACGGCACUCCACAGUAACCUCGAAGCCAUGGCUUUCAAGAGCGUGCUUCGCACCCUUUGGAAGAAGGUCGUCCUACUGCUCAAGCAACUCAUGAAUAAGUUACAAAACUGGCACUUUUGCACUUUCCAGCUCAACUCUGUGUCCUUUCUCGGCGUCUCCAAAAUGAUGGAACGACUGCCCAAGUGCUUUGUGGCCAACGACUGCGGGCUCUCGCGGGCAGAGUUGAACGACGACUUGUCCGUGCUACGAAACCAGCUCGAAAACCUGAUGCGGCUAUUUGACAUCAUGACGAGUACGUGA